AGUUUACAGCUCAAAAGGCUCGUAGAACCCUAAAUUAGAAGUGCCGUAGGCCAAAGAUGGCCAUGGAAAGUCAGGGUGCAGCCGAGCUGCCGUCGCUGAUUUUUGCACUUGUGGGCAAAACCGGGCAUGGCAAAAGCUCAACUGCCAACUCGCUGUCGGCCUCGGAGAAGUUUCUAGCAAAUGAUGAUUUCGACUCAGUCACAAGUGAGGUGGGCUCGCUGGUGUAUACUGAUGUCAAUGGGCAGCAGUUUCUUUGCUUGGACACACCCGGUGUUUUUGAUACAAAGCUGACCGUGUCCGAGCUAGCAGCGCGGAUUUCAAAGUUCACUCUUCAGGCACCUGAUGGGCUUGACGCAUUGGCUUGCGUCAUCCGCAAGGGUAGGAUGACGGAGGAGGAGUUGGUGUCGAUCGCUCAGAUGGAAAAGAUCUUUGGCGCUGAUGUGUGGGAGCAUGCCAUCGUCGUCUUUACGCACUGCAAGGACACCUUAGACAAGUUGAAGGCUGACUUGGCAAAGCUGGGCGAUGACCAUGUCCUGAAUAAAAUUAUUCUGAAGGCCAAUAAUCGAGUCGGCAAAAUCGACAAUAUGACUCGGAAUCCUCGGCAACUUCAGGAUGAUGUGGAUCACAUACACCUGCUUCUUGCACAGGUUCCAAAAGAUACAGGCAAGAAGUACGACAAUGAGGCGUUUGAAAGGGCUCGCGAGGUCAGAAAGGAGGUGGAUGACAAGAUCCAGCAGGCAACAGAGAAACUUCAGGAUGAAGUAAAGGGUCUGCACACCCGGUACAUGCGAGGACAGCUCUCUCAAGAAGCUUACGAGAAGAAAGUGGCAGAUCUUGAGAGGGAGCACAAAGCCUUUGAGGAGAAGCGGAAGGAGAUGGAGAUGCAGCAAGCGCAGGAGUCGUUUGAGACAUGGAGCAAAGUCAAAGAGUAUGCUUGCUACACAGGCAUGGCCGUGGUUGGUUUGGGCGCCGCAGCACUAGCGGCGCCCUAUUUGGCACCCGUUGCGGCAUUCGGAGGGUUUGGCUAUGCUCUUGGGAAGAGUGCCGAGAUGCACGCAGAAUCAAAGAAGGCAGAGACAGCUGGAGCAUUGCGCGACCAGGCUAAAUUUGAAACGGAGCGGUUAAGAGAAGAAAGGCUUCGAGAUGAGAGGCAAGAAAAGCAAAGGGCAGAGGUGUGUCACAUCCAGUAAUGCAGGGCAUGCUGAUUCCAGCAGCACCAUGCUCUAGAUUUGGAAGGAGCAGUGAGCAAGAUGGCUGUUUGGGGCUAUCUGACAGCUAUUUGCUUCGGGGGCAGCUGGUGUGAAUGCAUUUGCAACAGCCAGAUGUGAUUCACAGCCAGACGUAUGAAGUGAGUUGCGUGCGGCUUGGCA